GGGCAAAACAUAAUUGCCGGGACUCACUGGAAGGAAAGAAGACAGGAGAUUCUCUGUUCUGCAUAAAGUUUUUUGCAAACUCCAUCCUUCAAACUAGCCUUUCUCAGAGCUGUAAUGCCUAUCAGUCACAAGAGGGAUGGAGAUAACAAGCCCCUAGGUUGCGUGGGUGUCAAAUAAAUCCAAGAGCAGAGGGCAAGUGGAUUGCCUCACCAAAGCGAGCUCCGCUUCCAGAGUGGAAAAGCGAGAAGAUAACUAGUUCAAGGCAAGGGUUCCAUUGGAUCAAGGUGGUUCCGGCUUCCUCCUGUUCCUGCUACGCAUUGCUCUCAGCCUAGUGCCCAGAGGAUCAAGGAGAGAGAGGAGGAGGAAGAUAAGGAAAAAAGGGGGAGAAGGAAGAGGAGAUGUUAAAGGUAUCAGCCCUAUUGUGUGUGUGUGCAGUCGUCUGGUGCAGUCAGGCUCUCGCAGCGGCGGCAGCGGCGGCAGCAGCGGCCGGGGGCAGGUCGGACAGCGGUAAUUUUCUGGAUGAUAAACAAUGGCUCACCACGAUCUCCCAAUAUGACAAGGAAGUCGGACAGUGGAACAAAUUCCGAGACGAAGUAGAGGAUGAUUAUUUCCGUACUUGGAGUCCGGGUAAACCCUUUGAUCAAGCUUUAGACCCGGCUAAUGAUCCAUGCUUAAAGAUGAAAUGUAGCCACCACAAAGUGUGUGUUGCCCGAGAUCCUCAGACAGCAGUUUGUAUUAGUCAUCGGAGACUCACACACAGUAUGAAAGAAGCUGGUUUGAAUCAUAAACAGUGGAGGGGUCCUGUUUCAUCCAGCUGCAAGCAAUGUCCAGUGGUUUACACUAAUCCUGUUUGUGGUUCAGAUGGUCACACAUACUCUUCACAGUGCAAGCUGGAAUAUCAAGCGUGUGUCUUAGGAAAACAGAUCUCAGUCAAGUGUGAAAGACGCUGCCCUUGCCCUUCAGAUAAAUCCUCAACUGUAGUCAGAAAUGAUAAGAGAGUGUGUGGUGAUUUGGAGUUCAGAGAGGUGGCAAACAGACUGCGUGACUGGUUCAAGGCACUUCACGAAAGUGGAAGCCAGAACAAGAAAACCAAAGCAUUACAGAGGCCAGAAAGAAGCAGAUUUGAUACCAGCAUUUUGCCUAUUUGUAAGGACUCCCUUGGUUGGAUGUUUAACCGCCUUGAUACAAACUAUGAUCUCCUACUGGAUCAGUCAGAGCUUGGCAGCAUCUAUCUAGACAAGAAUGAACCAUGCACCAAAGCAUUCUUCAAUUCUUGUGACACAUACAAAGACAGUCUGAUAUCAAACAAUGAGUGGUGCUACUGCUUCCAAAGACAGCAAGACCCACCUUGCCAGACGGAGCUCAGCAACAUUCAGAAGCAGCCAGUGGUAAAGAAGCUCCUAGGGCAGUAUAUCCCAUUAUGUGAUCAAGAUGGUUACUAUAAACCAACUCAGUGCCAUGGGAGUUCUGGACAGUGCUGGUGUGUUGACAGAUAUGGCAAUGAGGUAACAGGAUCUAGAACGAAUGGUGCAACAGCAAACUGUGCUAUUGACUUAGAGACAUCAGGAGAUUUCGCCAGUGGUGAUUUCCACGAAUGGACAGAUGAUGAAGAUGAUGAAGAUGAUAUGAUGAAUGAUGAAGAUGAAAUUGAAGAUGAUGAUGAGGAUGAAGGGGAUGAUGAUGACGAUGAUGACCAUGAUGGAUAUAUUUGACAAUAUCCAUGGUCAAUGAAUUCUACCUUUCUAAAGUUCACAUGGUGAUAACCAAUUGAAAAUGGCUCUGUUUCCUGAGAUCAAAAGGAUUCUAAACUACAUGUAUAUUUUGUAUAAUUAUUUCAAAUAUUGCAGCUGGAGUCAUAGACUUUAUUUGUUUAAAUAAGAAUCAUUUAUAGGCUUUUGAGUUUUUAUAUGCCUCUGAGCAGAAUAAAACACAUUGGAAGUCUAGCAAGAAGCAAGAUAUGAUGUGCUAAUUAAAAAAAAAAGUAUGCAAAUUUCCAUAAGGACAACCAAACUUUUUUUUAAAACUUCCCAAAAAAGGACAUAUGUUAUGGUUUGGAACUGCAUGUGGCCUCUUCAGAGGAGAUGUUUUGAUAUGAGUUAAAGUAACUUUCACAAUGGCUAGGCCCAGGGAUUUUUCCCCUCUAAUUAUGCAGGACCUGGUGAUCAGCAAUUAUUCCAAAAAUUGCUAUGCCAAAGUAGUGUCUCAUGAAUCUAAAGUAAGUCAGGGAUGAGCUGGCAAGGUGGAUUCCACAGAGUAAGGCAACAGAGAGACUGCUGUAAAGUCCUCCUCCGUGUUUACUCUUCUCGUUGUGUUUUUUAGUUGUGAAAUGAUUCUAGUUCUGACAGGAUGUUGGACAGAAGCAGUAACAUGGGCUCUCAUUGUAUUCCAGCAAAAUUAAAGUUUUGUUGUCCUCUUAUUUUUUUCCUCUAUGUUAAUGCCAGUCUCAUGUAUACUUAUAAUUUACCCAAGCAGCAUGAUCACUUCCCUUUUCCUUGGUUUCUUGAGCUCUCUAACCAGCAAUUUAGUGUGAAGAAUUGGGCAUGGGAAGGCAGAAUCAAAGACUCAUUAAAAAAAAAAAAAACAGCCUUCACAUGGAAUGGCAUUUGGCCAAAGGCCAACUUUAAAACUCUUAAUUUCAUCCGUUUUUCUCAUCUUCAAGGGAAAAUUGCAUUUUCAACUUAAAGUUCUGUCACUUUCAGUUAGUAGUACAGAAACUUAGAGAACGUAUUAUUGUAAGGUGCCUUGCAAACUACAAAUAGCAUGCAUACCAAUUUAGGAUAUUAGGCAAUUGCUAAGCACACCCAGUUACCAAAUUAAUACCAGUAUAGGUACUGCUGCUGGAAUGAAGAAAAUGGAUUCGUUUUCUUUUUCUUUCAAUCAUUAUGUAAUUACCGUGUGGACUAGAUUAUGAUUC